AUGGAACUCCACAGCACCAACGAACCAUCAGCUAUUCUCAACAAGGCCUCAGAACAAGGAAAACAGCAACCUCCAAUUUCAUACCCAACCAAAACCACCCCACCUUCAUCUCAUCACCCCAUCGACGUGCCCCCCAACGGCGGCUAUGGCUGGGUCUGCGUUGCCGCCGUCGCAACAAUAAAUGGGCACACCUGGGGCCUAAACUCCGCCUACGCCAUCUUCCUCGCGCACUACCUCUCGACCUCGACCUUCCCAGGCGCUACACCCCUGCAAUACGCCUUCAUCGGCGGUCUCUCCAUCUCACAAGCCCUCAUCGUAAGUCCCGUGGCCACAUACACGACCCGCCGCUUCGGAACCCGCACCACCCUCUUCAUCGGCGUAUUCUUCGAAACGGUAUCCUUCAUCGGCGCCUCCUUUGCCAGUUCAAUCUGGCACCUCUUCCUAUCCCAAGGCGUGUGUUUUGGAUGGGGAAUGGGCUUUCUCUUCGUGGGUAGCGUGGGCAUCGCAGCGCAGUGGUUCACCACACACCGGAGUCUGGCAAAUGGGUGUUGUGCGGCGGGGAGUGGACUCGGCGGGCUGAUUUACAGUCUAGCGGCACAGGCGAUGAUUAGGGAUAUCGGGUUGCCCUGGGCUUUUCGCACGCUCGCGGUUAUUGCGGGCGUGGUGAAUAGUGUUUGUGCGUUGGUGAUACGGGAUCGGAAUAAGGAGGUUGGGAGUCGUCAGGGUGACUUCGACUACACCCUCUUCAAAAAACCCCAAUUCGUCGGCCUCCUCACAUUCGGCGUGCUAAGCAUGCUCGGCUACAUCGUCCUGCUCUUCAGUCUGCCCUCCUACGCCCGCACCAUCGGUCUCUCCGCCCAACAAGGUAGUAUCAUCGGCGCCGUAUUCAACUUGGGACAAGCCCUCGGCAGACCGCCAAUAGGCUACUUUUCUGAUUCUAUCGGGCGGUUAAACAUGGCAGGCAGUAUGACGUUCCUGGUCGGAGUGUUUUGUCUGCUGAUCUGGAUCUUUGCAAAGAGCUUUGGGGUGUUGGUCUUUUUUAGUCUAGUGGGUGGGAUGGUGGCGGGUACGUUUUGGGCGACGGCUGCGCCGGUUACGACGGAGGUUAUGGGGUUGAGGGAUUUGCCGAGUGCGUUGAGUAUUACUUGGUUGGUGCUUGUGUUGCCUACUACCUUUUCGGAACCCAUCGGCCUUGAGAUCGUCGCAUUCAAUGGAGGAAGCUACACCGGGGCUAUCCUCUUCACGGGUUGGAUGUACAUUGGAGCCGCGGUUUGUCUGUGGAUGGUGAGGACGUGGAAAAUUGGUGAAGAUGAAGAGGAUGCUGCGGCAGCUGCGAAGGGUGAUGUUGACCCGACUGCGGCUGAGACUGGAAGCUUCCAACGGAGUCCGUUCGUGAAGAGGAUGUUUAUGAUUCGAAAAGUCUAA